AAAUUAUGUCAUUAAAACAUGGUACAAAAUAAUAACUUCCUCGUGAGUCUUUCUUUAUUCUUUCCAUGUAGAUCUCCCUAUAACUACCUCGUGAUUACUUAGACUGUCGUUAGAAAUUUGUUGAUCUCUGUUAUAAGGUUUUUCUAUUAUGUGUGAGCCUUUGUGUGCCUAAUAAGAUGCUGCUCUCAUGUGUUUUGUUUUGUAUCAUAAUUAUUUAGAAGAGUGACAGCAAGGGGCUUCUCUGUCAUUUUGUUUUUAGUUGUUUUUUUGGCUUUCUCUUAGUACUGCUCUCAGUCUUCUUGUGCUGGGUUCUUAUUUCAAUAUAUAUGCUGAUUUCAGUUUUCAAUACAUCCACAAUAUUAUAUAACAAGGAUACGAGGGAGUGCCAAAAGACCAAGCUUUUCAUUUCCUUGCUGACUCUCAAGAUGUCAUCCUUGGUGGAUAUCAAUGCGAUGCUCGACAGCGCAGAGCCACCUCCAACCAAGGACCGUUGCAUCUACAAGGUCCCCUCUGUUAUUCGCACAGUCAACGAAAACGCAUACACCCCCAAUGUCGUUUCCAUUGGCCCCUUUCACCACGGUCACCUAGGCCUCCAUCUCCAAAACAUGGAACGUCAGAAGCUCAUUCACUUCAAAGCUUUUCUUCAACGAACCGAGGCAUCUUUAAACGACUUGGUCUGCUACGUAGAUUCUAUCUUAUCUGAUUUCAAACACUGUUAUUCUGAACCCCUACCAUUUUCUCAUAAUGAACUUGUUAAGUUAAUCUUAAUCGAUUCCGCUUUUAUAAUUCAACUUUUUUGGAGAAAAUAUUAUGGUGGGGCUCUCUUUCAACCUUGGUUAAAAAGUCUUAUAUUAUAUGAUGUACUGUUACUUGAAAAUCAGCUUCCCUUUUUCGUUAUUGAAAAAAUUUACAGUCGUUCAUGUUCCAUAUACAAAAGUGUUCCUUCUUUUCUUGAACUCACUAUCCAUUACUUUAAAAAAUUGAAUAAAUCAAAAUUGUCUUUUGAUAAUGGUGAUAUUAGUAUAAGGCACUUCACUGAUCUGAUUAGGAUAUUUCAUUUGCAACAUCCUAUUGAAAGUCGGCCGAGUAGAGUCAAGAUCGAAAAACGGAUAAUACAUAUACAGACUGCAACUCAGUUGGUAGAAGCUGGAGUUAGGUUUCAAGUGAAAACUAAAAGUAAGUGUUUAUAUGACUUGAGGUUUUCGGGAGGAGUUCUUGAAAUUCCUCAAUUAAUAGUUCAUGAUCGGACGACCGAAAUUUUGUUUCGGAAUAUGAUUGCUUUGGAGCAUUGUCAUUACCCUCAUGAGUCAUAUAUUCUUGAUUAUGUUCUUGUUUUGGAUUACCUUAUAAAUAAUGGUAAGGAUGUGGAUGUACUUAUUCAGAAGCAAAUACUAGAAAACUUGCUUGGAGACGGUCAAUCUAUGGCUAUCUUGUUUAAUGGUCUUUGCAAAAAUGUUGUAAAAUCUAAACUCAGUUAUCAUUUCGUAAGUCUUUCCAAUGAAUUGGAUGCUUUUUGUAAUAAUCCUAGGAAUAAGUUGAAGGCCACUCUCAGGCGUGAUUAUGGCAAUACUCCUUGGAAAAUUGCUGCUUCCGUUGCUGGAGUCUUACUACUUGUUCUCACUAUAAUUCAAACAGUUUGUUCUGUCUUGCAAAUAGUACAAGCAUCCUAGUCAUUUCUUUCAUUGUUGAGUUCAUAAUUAUUGUUAUUCUCAUUAUCACCCAUGUACGUUGUUUGUUUCAAUGGUUUCAUUAUAUUUCGUGUGUUGUGUACUUAGAUUGAAAUUGUAAUUUCAUAUAAAUAAAGCAACUUGAUCAUGUUGUAUUGUUGU